AGCGGCUCGUUUCAUUCCAAACACUGCCAAAAAGGCAACAAGUUCUGGCAAUAGUUUUCAUUGGAAAAAUUGCCCUUAUUUUUGAAUGGCAAACGUGUCCUAUUGAAUCAGACGCGACCAAAACGCAUACCUCGUGUAAGCUUGUGCAGCCGUGCUUGCUCGUAAAACGUGUUCGAGAACCUCAACGAAAGCUGCCAUAAAAGAAGCAUGGGCCUAACAGUAAAUCAGGUAUAUCCCGUUGCAAUCGGCGUAGUGGUGGUUGUGGUGGGUGCGGCAAUCGCCAAUUACCUACUGAACAACAAGAAAGGAAAACCGUCCUCCUCUUCAUCCUCAAAGGGAAGCUCGAAGGAGCCGAAAACUCUGCUAGAUCCUCAAGAAAAAUAUAUGCUGCCAUUGGUGGAGAAGGAAGAAAUUUCGCACGACACGCGGCGCUUCCGGUUCGGGUUGCAAAGCGAAAAACACAUCCUGGGUCUACCCGUCGGCCAGCACAUUCAUCUAUCGGCCACCAUCAACGACGAAUUGGUGAUUCGGGCCUACACGCCGGUUUCGUGCGAUGAUGAUCACGGUUUCGUCGAUCUGGUGGUGAAGGUGUACAAAAAGAAUGUACACCCAAAGUUCCCCGAUGGCGGCAAAAUGUCGCAGUACCUCGAAGGUAUGCAGAUUGGAGAUAAGAUCGCGUUCCGUGGCCCGUCCGGUCGCUUGCAGUACCUCGGAAAUGGACGGUUCUCGAUCAAGAAGCUACGGAAGGAUCCUGCUCAGAUCUAUGAGGCUGAGCAAGUAAGCCUGAUUGCCGGUGGAACUGGCAUUACUCCUAUGUUGCAACUGGUCCGUGAAGUACUGAAACAUUCCGAUAAGGACAAGACUAAGCUUUCGCUUAUUUUUGCUAAUCAGACUGAGGAUGAUAUUCUCCUUAAGCCAGAAUUAGACGAUCUUGCCGCACGGUACCCGGAACAGUUCAAACUGUGGUAUACACUUGACCGUCCGAAGCCCGAGUGGACCCAGGGAAAGGGAUUCAUUACGGAGGAGAUGAUUAAGGCUAAUCUGUUCGCUCCAUCCCCAUCGUCCUUAGUUCUCAUGUGCGGCCCGCCUCCGAUGGUGAACUAUGCAUGCAUUCCGGCAUUGGAGAAGUUGGGUUACGUUAUGGAGCGCACUUUUGCCUAUUAAAUAUCAGCAAAACCACACAAUCAUAGAACGGCGGUUUCAUAGGACUAUAAUGCUACCAGUGGGAUAUUUUAUUGGUAGAGGCUGAAAUUUAGAUUUCUUAGUGCAUGUCUGUUCUGUUUUGGGUAGUUUUUCCCGCAUAGUCUGAAAGAUGGUGGGAAGGAAAGCAUGUGAAAAAAGACUUUAACACAGCCGUGUAUUAGAGAUGUACUGUUAGCUACUAUUACAAUUCCUUGUAAAGGAAUCAUGAAAGCAAGAAUAGCCGUAAACGCAACUGUCCAAACAUCCGCACAAUGCCUUUUACCGUGUAUCCGAUGGAACAAUAGCUGCAAUUUAAAGUGUUGUGAAACAUUAAAACAUUAUUUGCCGCUAUGCUAUGCGUGAUGUUUUGGGUUUUGUUAACUCUGAGAUGUGUCUCUUUGUGAGUAACAAAAAUAGAAAUUAUUUAUGGAAUGAAAAUGUCAAGAGAAAUAAACAACCCCUAAUACCA